AUGAAGUCCCUCGAUCUUCUGCGCAGGGCCGCAGCCGAAGCAACCAGCGCAACCAUCACGAGUUUACAACAUGCAACCACAACAGAAGCGGCUGCAACACCUAGCAACACUAUAGGAAUGUACGCCACCGAUUUGAAUGGUGUUAACCAAAAUGUCAAUAAUCUUUUACGAGAUGUUUUAUGGUGGUGCUUGGGGAUAAUGGCAUUGAUCAUCCUUGUCUUCAGGAUGAUGCAUAGAGCGAAGUCACACAUGCGACACAUGACAGGGAUGAAUAGUAACGCAAAUCAACAAAGAUAUUUCCAGGAAAAUAGAUCGAGUUGGUGGAAAGUCAAGAAGCAUUUGUUAUAUGCGCCGUUAUGGAACAAACGUCACAACAGAGAGUUCAAGUUGUCGUCGGCUGUCAAUAUGGGAACCCUACCAUCAAGAUGGCAUGCACUUCUCUUGAUCGUUUACUUGUCGAUGAACGUUGCCUAUACUCUGGUUCUGGAUUACAGCAGAGAGAAUAAGUAUGCUAUCGUAGCUGAGUUGAGAGGAAGAUCUGGUGUUCUCGCUGUGUGUAACAUGAUCGCACUCAUCAUUCUUGCCGGACGCAAUAACCCCCUCAUUGGAUGGCUCCAAAUCAGUUUCGAUACCUACAACUUAUUGCAUCGAUGGAUGGGAAGGAUAGUCGUAUUGGAGGCUCUUGUACACACCUCAUGUUGGGCUUACGUCCAAUAUGCGGAUACAGGUUUCUCCAGUGUUUGGGAAAAACUCAUGCACGAUCCAUUUUGCUCCUAUGGGAUGGUGGGUACGAUUGCCUUUGUCCUUAUCCUCCUGACCUCUCCAUCCCCAGUUCGCCAUGCUUUCUACGAAACCUUCCUCAAUCUCCACAUCAUCUUCGCCGCCGUAGCCAUCGCCGGUGUUUGGAUUCAUUGUGACAUCCCAAGUCUUCCACAGAAACCUUACAUCCGUGCCGUCGCCUUUCUCUGGAUAGCUGAUCGGGUCAUCAGAAUGGCCCGUCUUAUCUGGUGCAACUACAGUACCAAAGGCUGGACCACCGCCUCCAUCGAAGCCAUGCCCGGAGAUGCCUGCCGUGUCACCAUGCACCUGUCCAAAAAAAUCGACAUCAAGCCUGGAUCUCACGCCUAUCUUCGUUUUGCAAAACUCAACUUCUGGGAGUCGCAUCCUUUCUCCGUUGCUUGGGUAGCUCACCGCCCAAUUUUCUCCCCCGAACUCCCACUCAACGAGAAGAAACUUGUUUUAGGAGAGCAGACAACUGAUGUUAGUUUUGUCAUUCAUGCGCAGACUGGUCUGACGCGUCGUCUCUUUGACGCAGCCAAAGUUGCCAGUCCACAUGUUCUGAAGUUAAAGGCUGCAUUUGAAGGACCGUAUGCUGGACAUCAUUCACUUGAUUCCUACGGUCAUGUAGUACUUUUCGCUGGCUCCUCCGGCAUCACCCAUCAAAUUCCCUACGUUCAACACCUCAUCCAAGGUUUCAACGACGGUACCAUCGCCACCAAAAAGGUCCUCCUCGUUUGGAUCAUCCGUGAUGUCGAACAUCUUGAAUGGGUACGACCUUGGAUGGACGAAAUCCUACGCAUGCAAGGACGUCGCGAUAUUCUUACCAUCAAAUUGUUCGUCACGAAACCAAAGAAUCCAAAGGAGAUCCAUUCUCCAAGCGCAACGGUGCAAAUGUUGCCCGGUAGGCCGAACAUCAAUUUGUUAUUACAGACAGAGGUUAGGGAACAAGUGGGCGCCAUGUGCGUCACUGUUUGUGGGCCAGGUGCGUUACAGGAUAGCAUAAGAGAGGCCGUUCGAGAGGUCCAGGAACACGGGGUUGUGGAUUUCAUCGAGGAGAGUUUUACCUGGUAA